GAUGUUUGUGUUUAUAGCUUGUUUGUACUAUGAUAUUGCUAAUAAAUAUUUGGAUAACAUGUUUAUUUAGACAAAUUUAUUUAUUUAUUAGGAACAGAUUCGUAUUAGGAUUGAUUUUUUUCUCUGCUUUGACAUACUGCAUCGUUAGUUUUUUGAGUGUGCCCUUGGACCACCAUGUUGAUGAUAUAGACAUCUUGCCUGCUAGAAAGCUAGAUGAUUCCUUUAUAUGGCACUCGGAGGACGAAAACAAUGGAACUGUCAAGGUUACAACAUGUAGAAACUCUAUUCAGGGAAAGGUUCUCAUAGUAGAUGAUAAAGGUUAUGUUUGUAACCGACUCAGACAUGAGAUUUUGGACAAUGGAUGUUGUGAUGCGUCUCUACCAAGUGUUGAACGCUACUCUUGCGAGACAUGCAAGGAUAACGGAUGCUGUAGCAUCUACGAAUACUGCAUUUCCUGCUGCUUGCACCCAGAUAAAAAAGACCUUCUCCAGAAUGUUUUGGGAAAGGCUCCAGAAACAUUCAGAGUUUUGUUUGCUUCGGUGACGGAUCAUUUUGAGUUGUGUCUCGCCAAGUGUCGUACGAGUUCACAAUCGGUACAACAUCAGAACUCAUAUAGAGACCCGCAGGCCAAACAUUGCUACGGAGACAGUCCACCUAGUACAGACAGUCUGGGAAUACUUUAGUAAUGUGUGUCCCCAAGUGCCGUACUACCUCACAAUCUGUACAACAGAAUUUAUUUAGAAACCCACAGGCUAAAUGUUGCAGAGAUUGUCCACCUAGUACAGACAGUCUGGGAAUACUUUAGUAAUGUGUCUCGCCAAGUGUGGUACGAGCUCGCAGUAUGUACAAGCUCAGAACUUAUACAGAGACCUACAGGCCAAACAUUGCUAUGGGGACAGUCAACAUAGUACAGGCAGUCUGGGGACACUUUAGUAAUGUGCCUCGCCAAGUCUCGUACGAGCUCACAGUCUGUACAACAUCAGAACUCAUAUAGACCCAGAGGCCAACAUUAAAUAUAGACUAUUAUAGAUUUGGCGCAACAUCAGAACUUUCUUAGGAAAUACUCAGCAAAAACGACUUGUUCAGUGUAGAGGUACUUGAGUGAAGCGGUUUAAGUUAUUUGAAGCAAUAGAUAGUAAACUUAUAUAAAUUCUAAAUCAUUCUCUAAUUUGACAACUGUUUCAACAAGCAGUCUUUGGGUUCCCUAUAUUUUCAGGUCGGUUUGGGCCACAUUAGCCUUUUGAAGCUGGUUCAGCCAAAAAUAGUUUUUCGCCCAAGCUUGGAUCGAUCCCAACUUAGACUUUUGCUAUCGCAGAAAAUGAUUUUGCCUUUAUUGUGGGAAACAGUGAUGAUGUCCCUGUAACUGCAUUAGAUGUUCACGAUUUUGCCGGCCGAGGAUAAAGUUCUCUAUUUUGCUGUGGUUCAAAACAUCGCCAUGACCACAGAAGAUGUUUUUAAUUUAGUCGGUACCAUAGAAGACGAGAAGAGGUAAGCAAUUUCGCCCUUAUGAGGAAAGAAGUUCUUGAUUUUCCCUGUAACCGGAGAAGUUGCUCUUGAUUUUGCCUCAAACUCGUAAGAAGUUUAUGAUUUAUUUGCGAUUUCGGGGCUAUCGUGUACAAUAUUGUAUCAGGACUAACCAAUAUCUGUAUUGAGAAUAGUUUUUUAAUAAUCAAUACCUUCCAAAGCAACCAGAUGUUACAGCUCAUGAGUGCCAACAUCACCCAACCAAAAGUUUAAAAAGCUAGCUGCAACGCCUCUGCAAUAAUGACUAUUUAUUGUCGAAUAUUCUUGAACUGUGCCAGAACUGUUGUUUUAGUAAAGUAUGGUUCACUUAUUGCAAUGUUGUGGACAAUAUGGUGAUUUUGUGAGAAGUUAUUCAUAUGUUCGUGUCAGGUUCAUAUUAGUUCUUGUUGGGAUUUUUCAUUUAUAUUAAUUGUUUGACUAAGGCCUAUAUUUUUUAUAGCACUACAUUUGUUUACGGCUUGAUCAGAUUCUCGUGUGUUAGAUUAUAGAGCGUUGUUUCAAUAAACCGUUAAGUGAGAUAGGUGUAGAUACAUUUGUUAGAGAAUCAUUUUUUGUGCUUUUUCAAAAGGACGGACUUCAUAUAUGUCCCUAAUUUUGUGUUUAAAAAUCAAAAAUAAUAAGUAAAGAAACCUAGACAUAGGAGAAAGCAACAAAAAAACAGAACUAAUCUCUAAAGCAGUUUAUUCUAAUCAUUCAUAACCAAAAUUAAAAAAGUACAACCAAAUGUGUAUCCAAUGUUCUGUCGAAACUAAACAGUACACAAACUAUGUGGACACUAAAGGACCAAACGAGUCUUAACUGAAUUAAUCAACAACAACGUUGAAUUUGAAGACUUUAACAAUAAUUAUUAAUCAGUAAUUAAUGAGAUUAAGAUUGAUUUUAGAAAAGUAAUAAAACAGGCAAAGGCUGCUCUAUGAAUACCAAAGACAUUUUAAUAUUUUCUGAAAAAUCAAAUUAAUUUUAUUAGUAGUUUUAUUUAUGUAUUUGUUUUUACCCCUAUGUUUUGCCUGAUUUACUUGUGUAAAAAAUGUAUAUAAUACAAUGUUUAGAUAUAUUUAUAUUUCUUCUAGAUUUUUAACUGCCAAAGGUUUUAUUGUUGAAUAGUUAGUUCUUUAUUGGUGCUUUAUUUGUUGAAUAGCCUAAAUAAGUUGCUUUUUUUAAUUGUAUGCACUGAAAGUUAUGUUUAACUCUAUUAAAAUCAGU